AUGUACCUGUGGGCCGCACAAUUCAAGUUGAUGCUUUUUCUUAGUUUCUUUUGGGCCUCCAGUUGGGCUACGCUUUCAUUAGAAGACUUGAUGGAUUCUUUUUAUUUAUUCGUUUUAUAUCAGCGAGAACUGGAGAUUUUUCACACGACUGGCCACGUGAUCAGUUAUGGCAAGGUCGAUGGGCACAGUGAUGAUGAAGAAGAAUGCAACUGCAGCCUUAGGGUUGCCUCAUCUCUUGGUAGCCUGGGCGACGGAAUGACGACCUCUCGUCUCAUGGAAGUGACGAACCCUUCACCACGCACCCCAUUGCCUUAUUUUGGUGCUCCUUUUCACGUGAACUCCUCGUCCCAGGCAGAACCAAUAAGGGCGUCUUUUGGUGCCGCGGUCUCGUCGAACUCCUCGAGCGUUCCGGAGAAUUUCAGAGGCAACAGCAUCGGUUCAACCAUAACACCAGUUUUCACUCCAAAUACGACAUCUUCCCCUUUGCUGGCUGGCACUGCCGAUCAUACAGACGGAGUGUCUCGACCUCUACGAAACUCUACAGCAUCUCCGGUUGCUGAGCUUCUUUGUGGAGGCACUGGGGUUGACUCGGACACUGUAUGGAAUCAUGCAAACACCGCAAAGGCAGCCCGUUUGGCAGUGGGGCAGGUUCUGUGUCUUGCGCAUAAGUAG